AUGCUUGAUGCUGAAACUGGCGGAGCUUCUGGUGGGUUUACCUAUACAGCGCAAUAUGGUGUCAGACGAGCAUCAACUCGACCUGAUGUUUAUCGAACCCAAUUUGGCUCAAUAAGUGCUGAUGAAUAUCUUACACCAAUGUUACAACCACCUCAACGUACUGACAAUAAUGUUGCUCGACGUCUCUCCAGAAAUUCAUUUCUCAUUCCACCUCAGACAUUUGUACGUCGAGUUACAGACGAUUUCCUGAAUUCAGAAAUGUUUAUUACACCAAAAAUAUUUUCUAUGUUUAUAUAA